AUGCGAUUUGCUAUAUAUAGUAUCAUUCGCUUUUUCAGCAAUAUGGAACGAAUCCGUGAAGGUAUCGGUGAUAAGCUCGGCCUACUGCUUCGCGGUUGCGCUAUGUUCAUUGCUGCCGUCAUCAUCGCAUUCAUCUACGAAUGGCGUUUGGCACUGAUGAUGCUUGGCGUAGCGCCAGCCACCUGCAUAGUCAUGUCACUCAUGGCGAGAAAAAUGACCUCUACCACCAUGAAAGAGCUGGCUGGAGUGGGUAAAGCCGGAUCUAUAGCUGAAGAGUCAUUGAUGGGAGUGAGGACGGUACAAGCAUUCAAUGGGCAGCAGGAGAUGGUGGACAGAUAUUCGGCCGAACUAGGUCGAGGAAAAGUGUUUGCUAUCUGGAAAGGAUUCUGGAGCGGUUUCCUUGGUGGACUAUUCUUUUUCAUCUUGUUUUCGUUUCUUGGAUGCGGCAUGCUCUACGGCGGCUACUUACUCAAAGUGCGAAUCAUCGACACUCCCGGCGAAGUGUUUAUAGUCGUUAUGUCAAUGCUGCUAGGGGCAUACUUCUUGGGACUGAUUUCACCUCAUUUGAUGGUUUUGUUGAAUGCUCGCGUUGCCGCUGCCACCAUUUAUCAAACAAUUGAUAGGGUCCCAAAAAUCGAUAUCUACUCGCCGUUAGGACGCAAACCAGACAGUGCUGUGGGUCGCGUUGUGUUCGAAAACGUACAUUUUAGA